AUGUCCAAUUUGCAAUAUAUAAAAGGCAAUAUUCUAACACUAAAAGGUUAUCCUCAUAUUUUAAUCCAUUCUUGUAACUGUAAUGGGUCGUGGGGUGGUGGAAUAGCGUAUCAAAUGUCAAUGCGCUAUCCACAUAGUGAAAGAGAUUAUAUACAAAUUUGUGAAGAAAAUGGAUCGAAUCUAUUAGGUAAAUGUGCAUUAAUUCCAAGUUAUUCUGAAGAUAAUUUAAUAAUUGCUUGCCUUUUCACAUCAAGUUUAGGAGGUUCGGGGCACGGUUCUAAGGAAAGCAUCUUAAAAUAUACAAAAGAGGCACUGGAAGAUAUGUACAACCAAAUAAAUGUCCCAGACAUAGCUACCAAAUAUGGAGCCAUCGAAAAACUAACCAAGUAUAAACUAGAAAUGCCAAUGAUAAACAGUGGUAUUUUUGGAGUUCCAUGGGAACUAACUGAACAAGAACUUCUAAGUUUUGAUGGAAAGAUGAAUUUUACUGUUUACCAGCUAUAA